CUCUCUUUCCUCUAUUCUAUUCAACCGGUCAUCCUUCUUAUUGUUUCAUUAUAUAUGCUCUAGUACCCUUUUCUGGGAGUGACUGUAUUGCCCAAUCUAACCGAAAAAAAGCAGAAGUUUCCAACCCAUGAUCUUUUUUUCUUUGUUCUUUUUUCCAUGUAAUAUUGGACUCAGUUUAUUUGAUGGAAUCGGGUCAUAUUCAAUUUGGUUUUCGAAGAACAUUCCGUUAAAUCUUGAAUCUUUCUCACUUGAACAAUUGAAAAUCUUUUGUUUUCACAGAUUGUGGGGAAGAAAAGCUACAAUAUCUUCAUUUUAUGGAAUCUCGUUUGAGUCAAAGCUGUUUGGCAAAAGUAGGCAUAAAAACUCAAGUUGAGCCAGCCACCUUAUCCAUUAAUUUAUCUUCUUGUGGGACUAUAGCAACAUAACAGCUUUGAGCCUUCCCCAAAACUUUACAUGUAUAUUGCUGUUUAUACAAAUUCUCUCUCUCUCUCUCUCUCUCUCUCUCUCUCUCUCUCUCUCUCUCUCUCUCUCUCAAAUAACUUACAGAAUGGAUCAUUGAACAUGGAUUAAGAAUGGAGACGAUAACACUUGGCAGUAGGGGUUUGGAGUUGGGAACGUGUCCACAUGGAAGCGAAAGAUACACCCAUGUGUCAGAGAGGGAGACAGAGAGGACUGAAUGAAGGCACAUGGGGGACGCAUCCAAGCACCGUAUUUUGGGGCUUAUAAAUAGCUGCAACCGUUCACAAGACCUCCCACAUCUGCAAUCUUCACGUGCUCUGCUCUGCCUUCCUCUGCUUUCUAAUUAGUAGUUAUCCCUUUGUUUGUAUCUCUGCAAAUCUUAUCCAAUUGCCCUUUUUGGGUCAUUGGUCGUUAAUAGGUUAUUCAUCAGAGUAGUUUUGUUCGUUGGUUGACAAAAGAAGCCUUCCUAUUGAUACAAUCAUACAGUGCUCUAAAAUGGAGAACAAGAAGCAAACAGGUGCCUCGUCUUCAUCCAUGACUUUAGAUCACCUUUUUGGUCCGAAGAACCCCUCUUCAUCCUCCUCUGGAUUAUUUGGAUCCAUUUUUCCACCCCCAUCAACGGUGCUAGGGAGGGACUCCUCUCGCAACCAAGGUGGCAGUGGCAAAUAUGGAACUCCAGAUAUUAUUACUCAGAGCAGCAGCAAGGGUGAAAGCGUUGGUUCAAAUUAUAGAGAAAAGGGAUCCAAUUAUCAGAAUGAAACAGUGGAACCUUGCUAUUUUAGCUCAUCGAUAUACUAUGGCGGUCAAGAAAACUAUUCUCCAAUAACCCGCUCCACCGAAUCCCCUCAUAUGUUCAAAGACAAGAAGGAUGGGGGUGACGAUGACUCCAAUGGAAGCAAUCCAAACAGCGCUUCUAGAGGGAACUGGUGGCAGGGUUCCCUCUAUUACUAACACCCUGCCCCUGCAUCUAAUCAACCCAUCGCCUUUCAAAGGGGGGUGGUGACUGUAUGAUCGAGCUUAAUAUUUUGGAAAUAAGAUGGGAAUGAAAUGAGUAGCUUAACACUGUCAGGACUUGCAAAAACGUGUUGGGUUGUUUUUGUCCUAACUGGUCAAUUUUGGCAAGUCUUACGCGAGCUGUCGAUAUGGUUUUAAGAGCUUGAUGCAGUCCUUUAGGCACAUGAAGUCUUGUCUUGAGUAACCUAGCUAGUGUUCCAUGUACUUAAAUUUUCUCUCUGUAUUUAGUAAUUAAUAUAUCACUCGAUCUUCUUGUAACUCAA